AUGCGGGUAGCUCCAGAGAACUGUCCAGAAGGAAGUGCCUCAGAAGAGGAAGAAUGCUUCGCAAGAUGCCCUCAUAAAUAUGGUGGAUGGAGUGAAUGGUCCCCGUGGGCAUGCACUCAAGAAUGUAAGGAUGGAGUAAAGGCUAGACGUAACAGAAAGUGCGAUAACCCCUUACCGCUCCAGGGAUACUCUUGUCCAGGAGAGUCCACCGAAGAAUCGCCCUGUGAGAAGUCAUGCAUCAAACAAUGGGGUGAAUGGUUACAUUGGAGUCAAUGUACAAAGACCUGUGAUCAGCCAUGGAGGGAAAGAUCAAGAGAUUGUGUUGGUAUAGGGAAACCAUGUGAAGGGGAAGCUAAAGAGACCAAACGGUGUCUAGACCAGACCAGACAUCAACUUUGUCCACCAGUUGAUGGGAAGUGGUCAAUGUGGAGCUUCUGGACCGAGGGUUGCAGUGUGACCUGCGAACGUGGCGUCAGGAUCAGAGAAAGAAAAUGCAACAAUCCUCCACAAGCUGGAAUAGGGAAAGAUUCACGCCUUUCCCUGUUCCUUAAUUGUGUUAGGCUAUAUCUUGGUUACAGUAGUCUUUGA